AUGCUCGACUCCUUCCUCUGGUCAAGGGAUCUUCCUCUCGAGGUGUUUGUGUUCAACCGAACCUCGGUGUCUGAUCAAACGCGCGAAUCCUCCGACUCUCAGCUCCAAGCUGCAAACUUGGAAUACGCCAGAGUGCAAGCAAUAACAACGGCCUUAAUUCCUCACGUCAGCCGAUGCAAAUUGUUGCGUUUCGAGCUGGUAUAUCCGACUUCCGUCCCACCUGCCGCUCUUUUCCUUCAGCAUCAUCCAACCCGUCUCCAGGAGCUGGUUCUUCUUCCAGGAGGAGGAAAAAUCCCUUCUCUGCCUUUUGUCGUUAAGGUCGACUGCCCAUGGACCAUCAGCGAAUUCUUUACACCCCUUCCAAGCUUUCGUCAGCUGAAAUGUCUGGUGCUUGACGCAUUCACAUUCAUGUCCUUGGGAAGGGCAUUCAAAGGAUCGUUGAAAGAACUCAAAGGAUGGGCCCUUAGGCUCGAGGUGUCGACCUACACUUUCCAACCCGCACGCAUGGACCCAUCCUCAAUCAGAUUUACAAUCGAGGAAUUUGUGGACUACCUUCGAACUCUCCGACCUGAAUUUCUCACAUUACGCGACCUGCUCAUUGCAAACCCCAAGAUAACUCAUGCAGAGUAUCUACCCACCCACGCCAAACAUUACUCCCCUAUCUAUGUUCCUCUUCUCUUCGAAAAUGUUUCCAAGAAGAUUAUCUCGAAAUGCCUUCCCGUCUGCGACCUUCAGACGGACUCAAUCACUUUUCGAUCAUGCGACAUUCCACCCAUGGAUGAAUUUUAUGCCCUCUAUUUGAAACUCGAUCACAUUCCAGAGUGGACAGAUCUUGAAGGUGUUCUGGAGUUAUGGGAAGGCAGGGAGCUGACCAUCAAGUCGUCGGCAUGCUUCAAUGACUCGCUGCUAGCUUGGCUCUCCGACAAUCGACAUUGCGCACGACAUCUGGACGCCCUCAAGCUUUACGAUUGUCAUUCCUUCUCCAUCGAGGCAUUGAAGGAAUUCAUCGAUACAAGAACGCAGGAGAUAGACGAGGAUUCAGAGGAGGAUUCAGAGGACAGUGACGACGACAAUGAAGCACGUGAUAUCCGGGAAUAUACCUACAGGGCGGAGGUCAAACCCUCACGGAUGAGGAUCGAUCAUGGUUUAAGAGACAUGUUAAAUACUUUUCGUUCUCAGUCGACUGACACUCGCGUGUAA